AUGCGCCAGGAGGCCCGCUACCUACUCCUGGCCGAUGCAUUGCUAAGUGACAUGCUGUUCCUGUUACUGUACAUGGUGAGCACCUGUCCGAACGUGGCGGGUGUGCUGAUGUCAGAGUGGCAUCCUCAGUACCAAGGACGUGGUGCUGGACACCUCACUGACUGUGAUGACUCCACUCCGAUACUGCACCCUGUUGCCAGUCUCCAGGUAAUGGGAACACAGGCUGGGAGAGUUUUACUAGUACAUGUAAUGACUUCACUGAUGUUAUAAUGGAUGGAGCCCCGUGUAGCUCAGUUGGUAGUGCGUGGCGCUUGCAACGCCAGGGUUGUGGGUUCGAUUCCCGCGGGGGGCCAGUAUGAAAAAUGUAUGCACUCACUAACUGUAAAUCGCUCUGGAUAAGAGCGUCUGCUAAAAUGUAAUGGAGUUUAGAGAAACGAACUCUUUCCUCUCCUCUCCUUUCUGUAGGACGAGGAGGGCGAUCGCUGAUAUCUAGGCAGUGUCUGUAUUGUUACCAGUAGGGGUGUUUUUGGUACCACUCUACAGGACCCUGCCCCCUACACAUCUGCUCUCUGCCCCUCCUCCUGGUCCUCACCGUCAGCCAAUCCACUCCCAUGCACGUGACUCUCAAUCAAUCAAUCAAAUUAUAUUGACAAUUUGCUUCUCAUUACAUAUAAUUUUUUUAUCAGGCAAAUGUAUUCUGCCUUUAUGCAUCCUAUUCUCAGGUGUCCAUGCUCCUGACAGCAACAGGCAUCCUUCUCAUCCUGCUCCUAGUCUUCCCUGGCUACGGCAUUCUAUAAUGUCGCACCCGCAUGUCUGGCGUGUAAAGAGGAGAACGCUCCUCUCGGACCAAAGGCCCCUUCCUCAUCCAAUACCUCCACCACUUCCUGUCCUUCCCAUGCUGGUGCUGCAGGCUCUACUGCCACCAUGAUGCCGUUGACCUCCCUAGUGGUGUGUAACAUCCUCCUGGUGCUGCCCAAAGCCCUGGCACCAUACCUGUAUGGUCUCAGGUACAGAGACCUGUGUGGGGCCAUGUUGUCCUUCUAUUGGCUGAAGUGCCCACGGCCGUCUCGCCUCUCAUGUGACUUUUGA